GUUCCAUUCAUUUGAGUAUAAAUGCAAGCCUAUAGUGAUGUUAUAUAUUUGAGACUGUGAUUUUUACCGAUACCUAUUUAUUUGUAAAAACGUUUUGACUUGUUUUCGACUUCGAAGCUGUGAUAUACUUCUAUUGUAAUGGUGCGUACCAAAAUCUCUCGAAAUGCUGCGUCGAAACGGAACCGUGCCAGUUACCAGGAGGAGCGCUUCGCUAACGCAAUGCGAGAGUUCGAGAUAGUGUCCGAAUCCUUUUUGAUGUCGUUGGAUGCGAAGCUAGAUGCAGACCUGGAAAGAGCGGAUUGGCUGGGAAGCAUGAUGAAGGAUCGUAUACCGAAAGAGAUGCUUCAGAUGACCAUGGGUGAUCUUCGGAAAUCCGGUUGCAAUCUGUUUGUCGAUGUGCUUAAUAUGGGCCCUGUCCUGGAGCCGAUGCAGACGGGAGCCAACGCGAGUCAGCUGUCCGUCGAGUCCGGGGAAUUUCCAGUGUGUCCCCAAAAGUCGUUCCGUACCGACGAUGGCUACCAAACGGAGGAUAACACGAAGCACUCGCUGGAUGUUAUGGCAUCAGCGAAGCCUUCGAAACGACCGAUCGGACCGUUAGCUUCGGCGAUGAAGAGCACUUUUUCCCGGCGACGCAGUAACUCGGUAUCUAGCCACGCAACUACUCCAGCUAAACCAGUCCAAUCGUCGAUGCUGUUUGGGUUGAAAGCGAAAAAAAUCGACGUGCGAACGCCGGCUGUAAGUAGGAGCAUUUUUGCCGGUCCUUCGGAACGCUUUUCACGAUCGAAACUUCGCACACCGAUGGCAGCGGCUAACAAGGACGAUCGCCCUCGGACGGUCAGCGCCGAUCGGGGUAUGAGCCAGAUCACUCUCAAAGUUCAACCAAAUACACCGCUAGCCUUCAUUCGCCAUCCAAGGGCGGGCGAGAGCGUGUAUUCGCUCACCGGCAGCCCCGUGGUCAACUCGGUUAUGCACAAGAACACGGCCAACGUUAACAUUCCCGUACCGAACGGGGUACUGUCGCUUCAGCCAACCGAUCUGGAAGAUGUCGAUGCGGAAUCCAUGCCCAAGUUAGACUUCGCCACGCUGGAACAUUUGAAGAAAUUGCAGGCAAAUCUGAACAAAAUCAUGCAAUACGCUGAAGAAUGUAAUUUUCAUAUCAAUCAGUGA